AUGGAUCUGUUCGUUGGUAAGACCUUAUCCAACAAAUCCCAGGCUACAAUCAGUGGAGAAGACGCACUUCGCAAUAAAGUGGUUGGUUUAUACUUUUCUGCAAGUUGGUGUCCACCAUGUAAAAUGUUUACUCCGAUACUGGCUGAUGUUUACUCGGAGCUAAAAGAGAAAAAUGCACCGUUUGAAAUCGUCUUCAUUUCCUCGGAUAGAUCACCGCAAGAUAUGAAACAGUACAUGGUUGAGGAACAUGGUGAUUGGUUGUGUGUACCAUUUGGUGAUGCACUUGUUGGCUGGGCCGUUUCCAGGCCAUUGUUUUGCAAUGAUGAAUCAGAACAGAACAAUUCAUGUGAACUGAUCGAUCCUAACUUAUUAUCUGGAUACUCGUAUUCACCUGCGGAUACUUCGGCCUACUUUCAAAACGGAGAUGUCAUCACCGAUCAAGGACGGUCAGAGGUACAAACAAGAGGUCCACUUGCCUUCAAGAACUGGUUGCAGGCAUCUAAUAUUGUCCAAAAUUUCAGUGCAGAGUGA